CUGCUUGGUCUGUCUCCUCCUCCAGCCGCCGCCGCCGCCGCCUGCUUCGCCGCAGUCGAUUGUCGCUGUCAUCUCUACUGCUUCAGGAGACCACAGAGAAAUCCAGGGCAGUGUUAGCCAUUGCGAAAGGGAAAUGUUGGAGACCCGAAGCACAUGACUGAAUAGCAAAGCCUCAAAAUGCCAAGUCAAGAACUUCGAAUCGAAUGGCCUCCACCCUUAGAAGGCCAAACUGUAUCUCUAUGUUAUAUUCUUCACCCAAACCAAGCAGCCACAUUCAACAAAUACAUGCCCGGCUGAUCAUCAAUGGCCUCAAAUCUCCCCCUCUCGUGGCCAAAUUAAUUGAGCAUUAUUGUGGCUCAUCGAACCAACGCAUCGUCAAUAAUGCGCGUUCGGUAUUCCAGUACGCGGAUAAGCGAGACGUGUUUCUCUUCAAUACCUUGGUAAGAUGUUGUCAACCCAAGGACUCCAUCCUUGUUUUCCGAAGUGGGUUUGCAGGAGGAGACAUAGUUUUCGACGAUUACACUUAUAUUUUUAUCCUCGGAGCUUGUGCUCGCUUUCCUUCAGCUUCAACGUUAAUGCUAGGUACGCAACUUCAUGCCCGCAUCGUUAAACAUGGAGUGACGUCAAAUAUUAUGGUUCCCACUACAGGGAUACAUUUUUACGCUAACAACAAAGACAUCGCAUCAGCACGAAAGGUGUUCGAUGAAAUGUCAGAAAGAAGCAUUGUCACUUGGAAUGCAAUGAUAACUGGUUAUUGUUCCCAAAAGGAAGGAAGCAAACAACAUGCUCGCCGUGCAUUGCUUUUGUUUCAGGACAUGUUAGUGGAUAAGACGGGGGUUACACCCACGGAUACCACCAUGCUCUGUGUCAUCUCGGCAGCUUCUCAACUGGGCAUGCUAGAAACAGGGGCUUCCCUACACGGGUUUGCAGAGAAGACGGUGCGUGUGCCCGAAGAUGAUGUGUAUAUUGGCACUGCGCUUGUUGACAUGUACUCCAAAUGUGGAUGUCUUGAAAGCGCUUUGUUAGUUUUCAGACGGAUGAACAAGAAGAAUGUCUUGACUUGGACGGCGAUGAUUACUGGCCAAGCUAUCCACGGGAAAGGGGAACAAGCCUUGGCACUGUUACAUGAAAUGGGAGCUAACGGAAUGAAGCCAAAUGCAGCAACCUUUACGAGCUUGUUUUCUGCUUGUUGUCAUGCUGGGCUUGUUCAAGAAGGCCUUGGUUUGUUCCGUGGAAUGAACAAAAAGCUUGGGGUGACGCCAAAUAUGCAACAUUAUGGUUGCAUUGUCGACCUUCUUGGUCGAGCUGGACGAUUAAAAGAAGCUUAUGAUUUUAUCAUGGGGAUGCCAAUUCGUGCAGAUGCUGUGCUAUGGAGGAGUUUGCUUGGCGCGUGCAAGAUUCAUGGGGAAACAGCAAUGGGCGAGAAGGUAGGGAAACUUCUCCUGCAACUUCAAGAACAACGUUGUCGUGACGACUUGACUCCUAGGAGUCAGGACUAUGUAGCUCUGUCCAAUGUUUAUGCUUCUGCAGAAAGGUGGAAUGAAGUCGAAACAGUAAGAAAAGAGAUGAGGGUCAAGGGGAUUUUGAAUCAAGCUGGUUGUAGUAAAGUCCAAACUGUUAGUAAUACAUUUGUAGAAGAUUUUGAAUACUCAUCAUAAUGAACAUAACAUUUGUCCCA